AGGCUGACCAUAUACUUUCUUCCCUUUUCUUUCUCUCGUAACCUUUGCAUUGAAUUCCUCUUGGCCUCUUAGCUGCUGGAUAUAUAUAUAAACAGACUUUGGAAGAGAAAUCGAAAGAGGUGGGAUCGGAUGAGAGAGAGAGAAAAGAGAGAAAUUUAAACAAAAAUAGGCAAAUAUCGAUCAAAAUUUGAAUCACAAAGAAAAAAAAUAUCGAAAGCAAAUGGAGGGGUUACAACGUUGUAGAUAUUGGUUUAAUGGAGUUUCUCUCUUUUUCCAUCCUUUGAGGUUAGUACUAUUGAUCCUUGUGUGUUUUGGAAACGUAGGUGCAGCGUUCUAUAACCUGACCACCAUCCCCUUCGACCAAGGCUAUAUCCCUCUCUUCGGCGACGGCAACCUUGUCCGCUCCCCCGACGGAAAAGGUGUUCGUCUCCUCCUUGAUCGCUUCACAGGUUCUGGCUUCAUCUCCUCCAAUCUUUACAACCAUGGUUUCUUCAGCGCUAACAUUAAGUUGCCAUCCGAUUACACUGCCGGUAUCUGUGUUGCUUUUUACACAUCAAACGCGGACGUAUUCGAAAAGAGCCACGAUGAGUUGGACAUAGAAUUCUUAGGGAACACAGAAGGGAAGCCAUGGAGAUUCCAAACCAACAUCUACGGAAAUGGCAGCACCAACCGCGGCCGCGAAGAGCGUUACCGCCUCUGGUUCGACCCUACCAAAGACUUCCACCGCUACAGCAUCCUUUGGACCCCCGAAAAAAUCAUAUUCUACGUGGAUGAAGUUCCAAUUAGAGAGGUGGUGCGAAAUGAAGAAAUGGGUGCUGACUAUCCUUCAAAGCCAAUGUCGUUGUAUACGACUAUAUGGGAUGCAAGCAGUUGGGCUACGUCCGGUGGGAAAUACAAGGUGAAUUACAAAUAUGCCCCCUUCGUGGCAGAGUUCAAAGACCUAGCCCUAGAGGGCUGCCCUGCCGACCCAAUCCAGCAAAUCCCUCCUGCUGAAGCGUGUGCGGAACAUUACACCCACCUCGCCACCCAAGACUACUCCGUCAUUUCGCCUCAGCGGCGAGCUGCCAUGAGCAGGUUUCGGCAGCGUUACAUGUACUACUCAUAUUGCUAUGAUUCGCUGCGUUACCCAGUGCCACCACCCGAGUGCGUUACCGUUCCUGCCGAGAAGGCACGCUUCAAGGACACUGGCAGGUUGAAGUUUGGCGGCAGCCACAAACGACAGUCCAAGCGGAAGUCCCACAAACGCAACCGAGCAGUCCCUAACUCCGACAACGCUGCAGACAUAUGAUGAUGGUACAUGGAUCACACAGUUCAAUUUUUUUUCAGAUAUUAUUUGCGAUUCAAUUCAUACAUCUCAUGCAUGUAAAUUCAACCCUAGCUUGUACUAGUGUACCAUACUCCAUACGUUUGUACAUCACACACUAUUGUUCUCACUCCAAUGUAAGUUCAACCCUUGAUGUGUUAUUAUUGAUCAUUAGUUUUCCAUUCUGUUGGAUGGAUCAUUAUAUGCAUUCCUUUUUUUUU